GCGAUUUAUUCUAGGACGCACCCAACAUGGCGUCCGCGCCGCCCCGGCUCCGAGCCUCGGUGCGUGCCCUGCGGGUGACGUCACCGCGCUUCUGGGCAUGGGCAGGUGGGAAGGAGCUGGCUAAGUUUGGCCCCUGUUAGUAGGAGCAGGAGGAGGGAGUGGAAGGUGGAGGCUGCCUCUGCUGCUGGGAAGACUCGGGGGCAGCGCCUGCCCGUCUCCCUGCCCUCCUCCCCGCCCUGCCAGGGGAGCCAGGCCUGCAGCCUUCGCUCGCUCCUGAGCUGGGGAAGCAGCUGCCGCUGCCAUGGCUGCGGUGGAGGACUCCGGCUCGCUGCCCUGGUCCAUCAACAAGGAUGAUUAUGAGCUGCAGGAGGUGAUUGGGAGUGGAGCCACAGCAGUGGUACAGGCAGCCUACUGCAGCCCCAAGAAAGAGAAGGUGGCAAUCAAGCGGAUCAACCUUGAGAAGUGUCAGACCAGCAUGGACGAGCUCUUGAAAGAAAUUCAAGCAAUGAGUCAGUGCCAUCAUCCAAACAUCGUAUCUUACUAUACGUCUUUUGUAGUGAAAGAUGAACUCUGGUUAGUGAUGAAGCUUCUGAGCGGGGGGUCUGUUCUGGAUGUUAUCAAACACAUUGUGGCAAAAGGAGAACACAAGAACGGGGUCCUGGAUGAACCUGCGAUAGCCACAAUCCUGAAGGAGGUGUUGGAAGGACUGGAAUACCUGCAUAAAAACGGGCAAAUCCACAGGGAUGUAAAAGCUGGAAACAUUCUUCUUGGAGAAGAUGGUUCAGUCCAAAUUGCAGAUUUUGGUGUUAGUGCUUUUUUAGCCACGGGAGGCGACAUUACCCGGAACAAAGUGAGAAAAACCUUUGUGGGCACACCUUGCUGGAUGGCACCUGAAGUGAUGGAGCAGGUGAGAGGUUACGACUUCAAGGCAGACAUCUGGAGUUUUGGAAUCACGGCAAUCGAGCUGGCAACGGGGGCCGCCCCUUACCACAAAUACCCACCCAUGAAGGUCUUAAUGUUGACGCUACAAAACGACCCGCCUUCACUGGAGACGGGUGUGCAAGAUAAAGAGAUGCUGAAGAAGUACGGCAAGUCGUUCCGGAAGAUGAUUUCGUUGUGUCUGCAGAAAGACCCAGAGAAAAGACCAAUAGCUGCUGAACUCCUAAGACACAAAUUUUUCCAGAAAGCAAAGAAUAAAGAAUUUUUGCAAGAGAAAAUGCUACAGAGAGCCCCGACAAUCACUGAAAGAGCCAAAAAGGUUCGGAGAGUGCCUGGCUCCAGUGGGCGUCUUCACAAGACGGAAGAUGGCGGCUGGGAAUGGAGUGAUGAUGAACUAGAUGAAGAAAGCGAGGAAGGCAAAGCAGCCAUUUCACAGCUCAGGUCUCCCAGAGUGAAAGAAUCUUUACCGAAUUCUGAGCUCUUUCCAUCAGCGGAGCCUGCAAGCCCUUUGCUGAACGUCCCAUCCCAGACUCCUGCUCAACUACCUCAGCCUGCAGGACAAGCGCCUGUGCAGCCGUCGGCAGCUGCCCCAGCUCCUCAGGCCCCUCCCGCUACUGCUCCUGCAGCCCAGGCACCUCCUGCCCCCGCAGCAACCCCAGCACAAGAGGAAAUGAAAGUCCCCAUCAGCCUUGUCCUAAGGUUAAGGAAUUCAAAGAAAGAACUCAAUGAUAUUCGGUUUGAAUUCACCCCUGGAAGAGAUACUGCUGAUGGGGUAUCCCAAGAACUCAUCUCGGCUGGGCUUGUGGACGGCAGAGACUUAGUAAUAGUUGCUGCCAACUUGCAAAAAAUUGUGGAGGAGCCUCAGACGAACCGAUCUGUCACUUUCAAACUGGCAUCCGGCGUUGAAGGCUCGGAUAUCCCCGACGACAGCAAGCUCAUUGGCUUUGCCCAGCUCAGCAUCAACUAAAACGACACUCCAAGACGAUGGACCCCUACAGUGGGAGCAGCUUCCGAAUGCUUCUGCCGGCCUACAAGCAAAACCACUACUGCCAAAGAACCAAACUCCAGGCCCCCUUUCUUAGAAGCUUUAACCUCAUUUGUUUCCCAAGUAGUCUCGCGGUGUCUCUCAGCAGCAGCCCAGCCCCCAGCCAUCCACCCCCCGCCCACACACCCCGGUUAGAGACCGUUGGCUUGUCGUCCACUUGCACGUGGCUUCUACAUUUCCUUCAUCUCAGACCCUUCGUCCCUUCAUCGCCUGCAUGUUUGUAGUUUAUUAUUGCCUUAACUAUUUAAAAACAAAAAAUAGAAAUACUACUGAGAGUACGAAACAGGGGUUCCACUACUCAACAACUAUCCUGCCAUGAUAGGUUUUGUGUGUAUGUGUGCGUGUGUGUGUGCAUUUGCUCUGGGUUGAAUCUCUUUUGUUUGACUGCAUAAUUCUGCCCAGACUCAAAGGACUUACUUUGGUGUUUGGAUCCACCCAACUAUGCAGGUGGAAAAUUGUAGCAAUGCCAGCCUAUUAGCAUGUCAGAAAUCAGGCUGAAUUGCUCUGGGAGCCUCCUGAAGUCUUAACUGUGAGGAGAGUGAAAAUCCUUGGUUUAGUGACCAUUAAGGGAUCUUAUUGAACUUAUUAGGGCAAAAGAUAAGUGGCUUGCCCUCUGAUUAGCCUUAACUUUUUUACUUCCCAUUUAAUGCAAAACAUAACUCUUGGGAAAUCAUCUGUAUCGGUCUAUUUGUACCGAUGGGUUUGUUUGUGGUGUGUGUUUUGCCAUUUGCAAGCCCCCUGGCUCGUUAGUAUAUCAUUUGGGGAAUUUCCUCGCAUGGCUCUAGAGCAGCACGCCAGACGUGUACUUGAUUGAAACUCCGCCCACUUUCAGUGGCAUGCCACACCUGCUUUGUAGUAUGUUUCCAGGGUCUGAUGAACUAGGUGCAAGGAGGAGGCGCAGAAAGCAACUAUACAGGUGGUCCUUCUAGAACUCAACUUCGGCCCUCCUGCAGAUGUUGGCCUACAACUCCCAUAAUCCCUGGCUAUUGGCCACUGUGGCUGGGGAUUAUGGGAGUUGUAGUCCAAAAACAGCUGUGGCGGGGUGCAAAGUUGAGCAGGCCUGUUCUAGAAUGGCACAACAUUUUUUCUUUCUCUUUAGUCUGUGUGCACAAUGCCCAUUUUCCCAUUUGGGAUUGGAUCUGUUAACAGUGUGUGAUGGGCCUCUCUUGCUGUAAAAGAGAUGGGGCAGUGCAGAAGUAGGGGUUAGGAAUAGUUAUUCUUGAAAACACAUUCUGAAACCAAAAAGUUCCAGAAGUUCUGGUGUUCCAGUAUUGCUCCAUUCCCACAAUGCUUUCUUACUGGGUAUAAUCCUUUGAUGGAUAACAAUGUGUGAGAAUGGGUCUUCCUUUAAUCUAUAUUAAAGAUAUAAUGCAGGUCUACAAUAUAUCUUUUAACAGGUUUGAGGCACCCUUUAAACCAUCAUCUGUCCUAACCAUGGAAUCCUGGGAAUUGCAGUUCUGUAGGGAUAUGUAAGCUCAAUAAAAUCUCAGCAUGAUAGCUGACUAUAAUUUCCAGACUUCUUCAUGAUAGGGAUGUUUCUACAACCAUUUUGCAGAAGGGAGCCCUUGAAAGUAGACUGUAGAGAUGGUGUGGUGGCCGUGGUGGUAACUUUGCAGGCUUGCUAGGCAUGGUUAUUCUGUAGGGUAGGUGUAUGAUUGGAUGUGCAACCAUUCAUAAACCCAGAAAUUCUUCCUACAUAGAUAAUAAUCAUGCAGUCUGGAGUGUGUGUGUGUGUGUGUGUGUGUGUGUGUGUGUGUGUGUGUGUGUGUGUGUGUGUGUUAGGUUCUGGUUUGUUUGUUUCCGCUGAUGCAGGUAUCUUCCAGCUUUAUUCUCCGAGAAUAUUUCAUUGGUGUUUUUCAAGACAAAUAUGCAUUGGCCCUCUUUUUCUUCUUCCAUGCAGACUGGUACAUAUGGAAUCACCCCUGUUCUAUUUUUACAGCAAUAAUAAUAAAGAAGAUUGCCAGUAGAUUCCUACCUGGCAAGGUCAAGCUCUGGACAAUGUUGUCCUUCCUGCUGCACUAACUGCUUGGUAUUUGCAAAAUUGUUUUUUUUAUACUCUCAGCCCAGGCAUCCGAGUUUGAUCAAGACGGUGUAACUGAAACCAAUAUAACUUGUGUUUAGUGUAUUUUUUAAAAAAAUGUGUAUGUGGUGGGUUUUUCAUUUUUUUGAAUUUCUACAUAUAAAUUAUACUUUUUAGUUUGAAAAAAGAAACACUUGUAAUGCAAUAUGUGAAUAAAAUGGCAUUGAUUCCCUUUUUCCUACAUUGCUGUCCCCCCCGCCCCCAACACACACACAAACACACACAGUGGGCCUUUUUGUAUAUCACAGCUUGGCUUUGAAGUGUUUGAUACAAUGAAAUCAUAUUCAGCCUGUAAUUGAUUCACAUACCAAAUCCAAUUGAACUGAGUUCUCAUUGCUGUCUGCAGCCGUAUGAUGUGCACAGGGUGACCCCGUGGAGACAAAGCACUGCUGACCUCUUAACCAUGGCUACAACGAGGGGAGCGGACUGGGGUAUUUCCUCCCCUUCCACCCUCCCCUCCCCUGUAUGUGUCCAUUCCUCCUCCCUGUGUCAGCCUUAAGGGCUGAACCAAACCUAGCCUGAGAGAUUGGGCAAGGUGACAUUCUCCAAACUUUCAGGACUUUCUAGGCUAGUUCACAUGAUCAUCGAUAGGGAAGGACAAGCAUCCUAACCAAGUUUGGGAGCUGUGCAUCCUCCCAACAACGCCGGCAGCACUGACAGUGAUAGUCUGCUCAGUGUUAGAUGGGUUGGGGGGCUUUUCCUUGUUAAACCGCUCGGUACAGCUGCUGGGUAGGAUGGAGCCCUCCUCUCCAGCUGACACUUAGCAGAUGUUCACUGCUGGUCUCUCCGAUCGCAUUGCUUACUCAGACACAAUCUCAAAACAGGAGCAUGUACAGCUCUCAAACUAUUCAUGAUGGUGUGAACUAGUCUACUGUUGGCUGCAGCAAUUUCUGUCUUUCCCUUCUUAAAAGAAAGUGUUGGGUGUUUUUUUGUUCUGCUGCUGCUUCUCGGGGGCAACAGAGAUCCUCUUGGCCAUAGCGACACACUCACUCACUCACUCCACUCACUCACUCACUCACUCUUCCUGGCUGUAGUUCCAGGACAGGGGUGGUCAACCCAGGGCUCUCCAGCUGCUGGAUUUCCUCUCCCAUCACCCCCUGCUACAAUUCAUUGCAUCUAGGAAUGGUGGGAGAUGUAGGCCCACAGUGGGGAGCCUCUGUUUGGCCUUCUCUGUCCCAGGACUUUCUGCCAGCACCAGUAAGGCGUGUCCCACCCACCACCUAGAUCUCUUGUAGGUUUUUCCCUCCCCUGAAAUAAUGGCAAAAUGCCCUCUUCCCCAGUUUCCUACUUGAAAAUGGGGCAACAGACUUGGGAGGGGGAGUGCAUUUUAUCUCAAUCCUGGGUUUAACCAUGGUUGAGUACAGGGGAGGCCAACCGGAGGCUCUCCAGAUGCUGUUGGACUACAAUUCCCAUGCCCUGCCACAGGUUCCUGCAGUGGGGGGUGAUGGGAGUUGUGGUGCAACAGCUGGAGACCCUCAGGCUGCCACCCCCCCCCUCCGUUUAGUACUACAAAGGCACCAAUCUUAACCAGAGUGAACGCUCAGGCCAAGCUCUGCAGAUGGUUUGCAGACCCUGGUUAACGUGUGUCUGCAGGUGAUGGCUUUAACCUUGGAUUUUCUGUUUCAAAGGAGAGGGUUGCGCUGGGGAGGGGAAGCAAGAAGGCAGGAGGAGGCAAGCCUCCAUCCUGCACCUGAGCUCUUCAGCACGAUUUUAAGAGCUGGCCAGCAGCAUCUGCGUGCCCCAGUCCAGUGUGGGCAUGGGAGAAACCGGGAGACUUGCAUUUGGUUGGGAUCUUUAUCUUUGAAGUUGUCUUACCAUAGUUCUACUUCUUCUGCAAGCAGUUAUGGAAGCUUCCUAAUUUGGGGGUGGGGCGGGCAUGGUUUUUAUUACUUUAAGCCUGUAGUUUGAAUAUUGGCUAGAACCCCUAAUAGGUCACAAGCCAAACGGCUAGAAUGUUGGAGGCAAAAUGAAGGCACAAUGGGUCAGGGGAAGGCCUUGAGUAGGAGAGGGAUAGGACUGAGAUGGGAAGGGGGCACAGAGUGAAAUAAGUAUCCCAUUUGGACUCUGUGCACAUUAGACGCUUUAGCACUCCCUGCUUCACCCCCUCCUCAAAGCACCAAACGUUUCCUUUGUUGUGCCUGUUGGCUGCAGCCUAUGCUCAUGAAAGCAGCCAGGUAGUUCUGAAUUCGUUUCCAAAAAUCUGAUGGGAGGUGCAGCAGUGAUCGGUCCUUCGGCAACUAUUCUGGGUGGGGUCUCUGACCGGGGUGUGGGGCCCCCAUGCUGACGACAGGAGUGGCCCUCGGAGGCUCCACAGGGAACACAAUUUCAACAACUCUUGCCUGCUUUUGUUCAGCCAGGAAGACCUUUUGGAGCCUGUGAUGUCAUGUCACUAGGCGGAGCUUGUUUUGAGUCCCACCCCCAUGAUGUUUGAUGAUGUGGAAAGAUGGGUGGAGCCUGUCUCUUAAAUCAUCCCAGCCCUGGAAAUAUGAGCAACUGGGCUUAAGCCGCCACCGUAGCUUGAGAUACCAGGCACCUCCCUCCUUCCAUGCAAUUUGCCUACCUUGUCUCCAGCAGUGGAGACCAAAUUAUUCUGGGUACAGUAUUAACUUUUGCCUGCAUGCCAUGCAUACAUUGUACUCCUCACUGGACUAGGACACCCCAAGCAUCCAGUGAAAUGAUUCAGUAUCUAUUUAUUUUUUCCUGUCUGCCUGACCCAGGCCUGGUGGGCAAGAGCUUCCACAUGAUGUUUAAGUUUGUUUGGGUUUGUUUUUUUUAAUGAUAAACUGAUCCUCAAACGACCCUUGCCAUUAGAUUUCUAGGCACAUAUCUCUUGGUAGUCCAUAAUGUGUUUUUUCUCCUUUUGUCUUGGGAAUACUAAAAGUGCUAGAUUUUUUAUUUUGUUCUUGAGGUUCAAAAGUGCCAAUGACCUUUUUGGUAAGAAAUUAUUUCUAACCUUUUUACCCUUAUGGAUCAGAGGACUUUUAUUUUGGGUAAAUUCUGAACUUGAACCUAGAAAUCAGUUGGUAUUUUUUUUAACUUAGUUAAUACUCUAAAGAUUAUGGUGUAUUAAUAUAAUGGGAACCUCUGCACAAUUUUGAUGUACUGUAGAUUUUAAUGAAAGAUGUAAAAUAUUCAGCCUUUUUUUCUUUGUAUCUUACUGCAUGUAUUUCUCUAAUUUUUAAUCAAUAAAAAACAAAUUGACCAUU